GAGAGAAGAGAGUGGGAGAGAGACAGUGACAGACAGGCAGAGAGAGACAGAGAGAGAAGGGGAGAGAGUGGGCAGGCAGCCCUUGGACUCCGGGCGGGAAGCCGUGGCCUCUCUGUAAGAGAUCGAGGCCAAGCCCAGCCCCCUCACGUCCUUCCUUGGGUGCCUCGGCCAGCCGGUGAGUGGGUGGUCCUGCCAGGCCCCAGGGUCAUGCCCCCUCCGCCCCCUCGGCAUCCCCCUCCGCCGGUGGCCGUGGGCCGGACCUCGCCCAGCCUGCAGCGGCCCUUCCUGCGGAGCGUCCUGGGCAUCCUGAGGGUCCUGCAGCUGCUGGCCGGAGCCGCCUUCUGGGUGACCAUCGCCUCCAGCAAGUACCAGGGCCCAGUCCACUUCGCCCUCUUCGUGUCCGUGCUCUUCUGGCUGCUCACGCUGGCCCUCUACUUCCUCACCCUGCUGGGCCAACACCAGUUGGUCCCGCUGCUGGGCUCCCGCUGGCUGCUGACCAACAUCAUCCAUGACCUGCUGGCCGCCGGGCUCUACGGGGCGGCCGCGGGCAUCAUGAUCGACCAGACGCAGAGGAACAGCUACUGCAAUCUCAAGGACUACCACCUGCCCUGUGCCUACCAAGCCUUCCUGGCCGCCUCGGUCUGCGGCUGCCUCUGCGUCCUGCUCUACCUGCUGUCCGCGCUGACCGGCUCCUGCCGGAGAUGCCGGGGACACUCGGACUUGCUGUGACCAGGAGGAGGACCAGGACCGGCCGGGAGGGAGGCCGGAGAACCCAUCUCUCGCUCUCCUGAAGGAGACCCGGCUGACCCUGCCCCUUCUCCGAGGCUGUCCCCUCCUCCGCCCUCACCCCUACCUGAACAGACCCCUGCCCCGUCCCUCCCGGACACGGAGGCAACCGCGUGGCCAGUGGACUCUAGAGGGAUAUCCAUCGAUGGACCGAAGGCCACAGGCCCCACCCAGGGCCCAAAGACACGUGCCCGGAGUGCCAGGGAGAUGGGCUUGAAGGCGGCCUCCGGGGCCGGAGAAACAGACUCAUGGAGAUCGUGGUCCAUGCAGAGCCUCGAAGAUGGACUUCAGGCCCUUUCCCCAUCCGCUUCUCCGACCCCUUGUCCCUCAGGGCCACCUCUAACUCAAGCCCUGGGAAGGGCCUGCCCCGGGCCGGACAAGGCGAAGGAGUCCAAGGGGCCUAGCCCGAGGCCUCCAAAGACCGGAAUGCAGGCCGGAGAGCCGGGCCUCUGGGAGAGCCGCCCUGUACCGGCCGCCCCGAUCUUGCCCCGGCGAGAAGAGACCCCCCUCUGGAGAGGGCAGGCCCUACCUGAGGCCGGCGGUCCAGAAAGCCGCUCCAGAACCCCUGGGGGAACCACUGGCCACAGCCACGGGCUCCGGACCGGCCUGGAGCCGCAAUUCGGGCCUGAGACAUUUCUGGGGAAGCUCGGGAACCUGGGCGAGGCAGCCCACUCCUUAAUAGGAAUGAUAAUAAUCCUGGCAUUUGUUAAGUACUUAUUAUGUGCCAGGCACAGGACCAGGCUCUGGGCUAGGUACAGGAUCAUUGGGUUGGUGACCGUCCCCGUCCUCUAAAGGGCUCCCAGUCUCGGUCCCCAUUUUACAGAUGAGGAAACUAAGGCACGAAGAAGUGAAGUGAUU